UCGGAGUAAGUGGUGUGUGUAAAAGAGUGCGGCUGAAGGAAAAAUAAAUAUAAAAAAAAAGUGGGUGGUGGCCCCACAGGUGUCGCGGUAUGUGUGUGUGUGUGAAAAGAUGCAGUGCAGCUGUUGACUGAGGAAAGAGACGCGCAAAUGAAAAAUGAAGAGACUAAUGAUGACACGACGAUGGAAUAUAUCACACUCCGCCCUUUGUCCAUUCUUUUGCUCUUUUUCUCUUUUCCUCACUUCACUUCACUUCUCGACCUCUCGCCCUCUUCCACUCCCUCCCACUCCCUCCUUCACUCCCUCCUUCACUCCCUCCUUCGCCGUUCUUAUUCAUUACUUCACUGCGUACACACACACAUACACGCACACGCACACACACACACACACACACACCUAUUUUCUUCCUCUCUCUCUCUCUCUCUCUCUCUCUCUCUCUCUCUCUCUCUCUCUCUCCCUCUCUUCAUAGUACAGUGUAUGUACUCCUUUGCAUCCUCAUACAUUCUCCAUCUCCAUCUUAAAGGUACGCAGACACCAUCCACCCAUCGCCCCUACGCUCCUUCCUCGCCACCAUACCACGCCCAGUCCACACUGUCCCAUGGGCUCAACUCUAAACCUGCCCUGUGCAUAGACCCUCUUUUCCCUCAAUCGCCCUCUCUCCCUCUCUCUCCUGGGACUCGAUAUGAACAACGAAGAAGAAGAGCUCCCUUCCUCUCCAUCUCCUCUUGCCUUCCUUUCUCUGACCCCUCUUCCUCUUCUACUCAACGGCUCGCUUGCUGUAAGGGCAUUCAGCCGGCUCUGGAGGGACAUCCUCACUCCCGUUAUUGCUCAAUUGCUAACGCUUCUCUAUAUUUCCCUUUUGCCCAUUACCCAUUGUCCAUGGCGCAUGUUUGUUGUACUUUCUAGGGAGAACACAACAACGCCAUUCCUAGCCCCUAUUUCUCCUCUUCUCUUUCUCUUCUCUCUUCUUCUCUUUCC